UCCGAACCUUAUGACCCCUACCUGCCCCGUGGCGGCUCCUCUUCGAACCCGGCUGGCGCGGGCAACUCGAAGACGGCGGCCAUCCAGCAGCAGAUUGAUGACACCGUCGGCAUCAUGCGCGAGAACAUCACAAAAGUCGCUGAGAGGGGAGAGAGGCUGGACCAACUGCAGGACAAGACAGACAACCUCGCCGUGUCUGCACAGGGCUUCCGUCGUGGGGCGAACCGCGUCCGCAAGAACAUGUGGUGGAAGGAUAUGAAGGUA